UCACAUGUCUCCUCCCACCAAACCUGCUUUCUCGGGCGGCGCUAGCCAAUCGGCUUCUGUUGUGCUCGUCCUUGGCGGCCAAUGGGCGAAGGGCGGGGGCCGUCCUUUGGAAAAGAGUGCGUGCUGUUUGGAAUGAUCGGAGUGAGUCACCGCAGAGGCGCCCUGAGGUGAAAGUGGCUUGGCGCCAAGAUCCGGCUGCCAGCGAGGAUCUCCCUGCCUCCGCCUUCCUUCAGUCUUAGUUCCUUUUCAGCGCUGCCUUUGCCGUCAGCCCAGUACUUCUCAAGGUUCCGAUGAGAACAGUCCUCCUUCUUAACCACGUUAAUGAACGGAGCUCCUGUUAUCUCUCUCUGUUGCCUUGUGCAUGCCCAGGGCAUGGCUUGUAGGCGGGCACAUGAUGCCACAACCAUGCUGAAGCUAGGCAGGCCUGAGUCAGUCACUUUCAGGGAGUGAGACCUUAUGCAUAUCUCCUUAAGCUCCCUAGAAGAAAGGCAGGAGGAAGGAAUGGAGAUGAUAACUGAUCAGCAGCACUUUAGGAAGUGUUCUUGGAAUAAUACCACUGAAAAGAGUGAUUUUGAAGCUGUAGAAGCUCUGAUGUCCAUGAGCUGCAGUUGGAAAACAGACUUUAAGAAGUAUGUUGAAUUGAGACCAAUAACACCAGCAUCAGAUACAACUGAAGAACCUGAGGGCAACCUGCUACCUGCUGCUGACUUUCAAAUAUCAGCCUUUUGUUUGACUCCACCCUACAGCCCUUCUGACCUUGAAAUGUCUCAGGCAAUCCAUCCAGCUACACCAGCUACACCUACUGUAAAGAGCAAGUCAUUUAUUGACACUUCUGAGCAUGACUGUCCAACAGCUCUUAAAGAGACUGAAAAAGCUCCAGCGUCAAGAAUGCUGAAAGCACAGGCAACAAGUGUCAUUCGCCACACAGCUGAUGCUCAGCCUUGCAGUCAUAGAACCUGUCCAGCAAGGACAGCCAACAUUUUGAAGUAUCAGGAUGAUAAUACAAGGGAAGCAAGUCAACAAGGCAAUGCAGAAGUAAAACAAAAUCCAUCUUAUGAAAUCAUGUCACUGAAUACUCCAGUGUCUGAAGAUAAGCUGCCAGAUGUGAAAGAAGAAAAAUGUCCAGUGCUGACUGUUAGUCCAGUGCCUUUCAUGCAGACCACACUUGGUAGUCCUCUGCCUGUCCUUGGCUCAGCACAGCAGUCUUCAUGUGUAGUUCCUCCAUCUCCUAUGCAAGCAGGAAGAGUCCCUUCUCUGCCAUUGGUUUGCCAGAUGGUUCCACUGCCUGCUAACAACUCUCUUGUGACAGCAGUAGUACCCAACACUCCCUGUAGUCAAUUGGCAUCACACCUUUGUCAGCCUAUGGUGUUCAUGGGAGCUCAAGUUCCCAAAGGAGCUGUUAUGUUUGUUGUGCCACAGACUAUGGUUCAGAAUCCAAAAGCACCUGUGAUCAGUCCCAAUGGCACCAGACUUUCGCCUAUUGCUCCUGCUCCAGGUUUUGCUCCUGCUGCAGCAAAGAUCACUCCAUCCAUUGACUCUCUAAGAAUACGAAGUCAUGUUUGUAACUAUCCAGGGUGUGGAAAAACUUAUUUCAAGAGCUCCCAUUUGAAAGCUCAUGUGAGAACACACACAGGAGAGAAGCCAUUCAGCUGUAGUUGGAAAGGCUGUGAGAGGAGAUUUGCACGUUCUGAUGAACUGUCUCGCCAUCGCAGAACACACACGGGAGAGAAAAAAUUUGUCUGUCCAAUGUGUAAUCGAAGAUUUAUGAGGAGUGACCACUUAACAAAACAUGCACGUCGCCACUUGUCAGCAAAGAAGUUACCAAACUGGCAGAUGGAAGUGAGCAAACUAAGUGAUAUUGUUGUACCACCCACUUCUGGUCCUGCACAGUGAAAUAACACAAUUUGACAAUACUGUUAACUAUUGUCACUGUGAAUGGAGUUUCACAGUGAUGCAGAACAGUUCACAAAAUGUCUGUAGUUCUACAGUGUCAUCCUUUGAUGCGCUAGAACAGACGGACGCAAUGACCUUUAUACUUCUGAGGGCAGCAGUGACCUACAGGACAACAGGUUUCUUUUGUACUUGGAGAAAGGAGAAAUGGCAGUGUCUAUGCCAAUGCGAGAAUGUGGCUUUAAGCAUGUGGAAAACUAUUCAUAUGCACUAUGGAUCAACCGGGUUUAAGCUAGAGAGAUGUGCAGGUGUUAAAACUUCAGAAUCUCUUCAUAGGUGUUGUAAACAAAACACUAGAGAGUAUCGGUUUAUGUUACAGAAUCAGGGAUAACCUGUUUAUAGCAGAGUGCUGUAACUUCCUUUGGUUUAUUCUCUUUGAGGCCCAGUUGUUAAUGAUGAUGGGAUUCUUCUUGAGAUUAGGCUUGUUUAUCUCCAUCCAUUAGCCUAUAAAGCAUACCUAAUUAUAGCAAUUCCAAAUAACUAAGCAUAGUAUUGAGUGAGAGAUGUCAUACGGUUGCAGAGGUUUUAAAAUAUUCAAAGUUGAACUAUUUAAUUCUUACAAGCAAGACUAAUAGUAUUUUUACUGUUCCUUUUGAAAACAUCAUGAUUAGUACUAUUAGCUGUACUUCAGCAUCUUUGGAUGUUUUUGUUUUGGCUUAUGGUUUCAUUUAUAACUAUACCAUUGAAUUUUCAAAACCUUGAUACAGUGCACUUUGUUUAGCAUAUAAUCUUAAAGAGUAAACUGAAUCUUUUUUUCAGAAGGAAGGACGAGUUAUAUGAUAUGCUACCUUCUGAAAAGGUACUCUUGAAGACAAUUUAUAGUAGAAGUAUAUGUUGCCUUUAUAUAUUGAAGGUAUAGUUUAAGAUGUAUUAAAAUCAGAAACAUGAGUGGUUGUGUAGGAAGCAGAGUGAAGAUAUCAGUCCCAGUGGUGCACCAGGAUUUUCCAGUCAUUUUUCUGCUCCUUCUUCUACCAUACUGAAGAAAAAUGAACUGCUAGAUAAUGGUGUAACAUCUAUUUUGUGACUACUUAAAUUUUUUGCACAAUAUUUCUUGUAAUGUACUUUCUACAUUGUUUACAAUAAAGAUCUGGUUGUCUUUAGUAUAAAA